UAAUUUUUAAUUUUGGUAGUUUAAAGUUUUUAUUUUAAAAAAGUCUGAUCAUUUUAAAAUGCCUUAAUGUUUUGUACUGAAUUCUCUUGCGUACUCUGUCAUCGAUUCUGUCAAAUAUUAAUUAAUUUUUUUUACGAAUUAAACAGUAAUUUAAUUCAACCAACAAAAAAUUCCAAAAUACUAUUCCGAACUAACAUUUUUCUAAAGUUCUAAAUAUAUUUUUGUGAAUACCUACUGUAGUAAAAUGGAAAUGAACAGAAAUGAAGUUAUAUCGUUAGUUAUACGUAUGACUUUGUUGUCAACAUGUGCUUAUUUUGGUACGAAAUGGUUGAUUGGACAGAUUGAUCCAACUAAUCAGCAAAAAAAAAGAUCUAAGGAGACUGCACUUAGCAAACUCAGAAGUCUGGGUCUUCAUAAGGUGAAAAAUUUAACUGACCAUGAGUUGAUGAUUGCCAGUCACUUGGUCAAUCCAUAUGAUAUCACUGUUUCCUGGAAUAACAUUGCUGGACUUAGUCAAGUAAUAGAUGAAAUUAAAGAAACUGUUAUAUUUCCAGUGCAAAGAAAAGAACUGCUUAGGAACUCAGUUUUAACAAAACCGCCAAAAGGAGUUUUACUUCAUGGACCUCCAGGCUGUGGAAAGACAAUGAUUGCUAAAGCAACUGCCAGGGAAGCAGGAAUGAAUUUUUUAUAUCUGGAUGUGUCAUUACUUACUGAUAAAUGGUAUGGUGAAAGUCAAAAGUUAGCUGGGGCCGUGUUUAGUUUGGCUCAAAAGCUUCAGCCUUGCAUAAUAUUUAUUGAUGAAAUUGAUUCUUUUUUGAGAUCUAGAACACAGCAUGAUCAUGAAGCAACAGCUAUGAUGAAAGCUCAGUUUAUGAUGUUAUGGGAUGGUUUAUCAACUGAUCCAGAAAAUACUGUGAUUGUAAUGGGUGCCACAAAUAGACCUAAAGACUUAGAUCCUGCCAUACUAAGAAGGAUGCCAGCCACCUUUGAAAUAUCAUUACCGGGUGAACAACAAAGAAAAGAAAUACUGACUUUAGUUUUGAAUACUGAACAAUGUGCCGAUAAUGUAGAUUUACAUCAAUUAGCCAUAACAACAAGCGGGUUUUCUGGCUCUGACCUUCAAGAAUUGUGUCGUAUUGCAUCAUUAUUUCGCAUCAAAGACUUGAUCAAAGAAGAAGAACUCCAAAAAUGUACUUUGAACUCCAAUCCAAUCAAUGCAGGCAAUAUUAAUAUGUUGAGGCCUAUCAGUAUGGAUGAUUUGCUUGCAUCGGUUAACAAGAUGAAAGCAUCCAAAGUAGUUAGUGCUACUCAACCUAGGUUUUAAUGAGUUGUAUGAUACAAUAUUUGGUAGUCUGGUUGAACAAUCAAUUUUAAUGUUUUGUCAUCCGUAAUGUAAUGGUAUUAGCACGAAUACUGUUAUAGUAACGGGCGUUUUAACUCUUAGUCCUAGUUCAAUGUAAGUAUAAAGAGUAUAUUUUCUCUUCUAGAGAAUAUACUUUGCCAUUGGACAACUUUGUUAUUUAUAUUAAUUACUUUUUGUUUUGUAUUGCUCAUAAGUAAUUAUUAAUUACAUUUUGUUAAUUAAUGACAUAUUUAAAAAUGAUGACUUGUAUUUGCUUAACACCAUUUGGAGAAAGUUACUAUGGAUAUUUAUGUAAAUAAUGUUAUUAUUUUCAUUUGUAUUUUAGUAAAUUACUAUUAUAAUUUUUUUCGGUUAUUUCAUUGUUAUAUUAAUUGUACAGCUUCUUUUUAACAUACAAUAUAUCAUAUUCAAAACUACUAGAUAAAAAUUUAAUAUACAUAAUGCUUUUGAUCUAAUUAAUUUAGAUUUGUAUAUAUCUUGUUUUCAAGCUUAUUCAGAGGUCUUAUAAUAAGACUUAACAACUGUUAUUAUUAAGUUACUGUUGUUGAUAAGAAAUUAUAACAUUUUAUUUAUUAGGUAUUCAAAAUGUAUAACUAUUAACUUAAAUUAGAAAAUAAAUAUCUGAUAAUUAUAAUUUAAGCUUUAUUAUUUUUUUGGGAUGAACAAUGCAUACUUAGGUCCUAGACUUUAGUUAUACACAUUUCAAAUUUGUUUUUACUUAUUAUUUUUCAAAAAUGAUUAUUCAUAAAUUCACUGUUCUUAAAUUAUAAAAAAAACACAAUAUUUGUGAUUACUUUUAAAAUGCUCAUUCUCUUUUUAUAAAUGUCAAUUUUUGAGAGUUAAAAUUAAUUGUUUGGCAAUAUGCCAAUUUGCAUGAGACAGAAUUGGACGGAUUUUAAAUUUAAGCAUUUCAACAUUGGGUAGGAAUGUAGGAUUAAAUCUACAAUGUAAAGAUUAGAAUACAAAAUAAAAAUAUUUUUUUCAA